AUGGAUUACCCUUCAGGAUCAGAUCCAUUUACAUCAAGACAACAUUUAUUACAUCAUACAUUUUCUCCAUUAAUAUCAAUUGAAGCAACCCAUAAUGUUGAUUUAAUUUUCCAAUCUAUAAUAAAUAAUAAUGAUAAUGUAUCAACAUUACAAAUUUUUAAACCAUAUGGGGAUAAUGCUAAAUAUUCAAUUAGUACUUCUAGUCAACAAUUUAAAAUCAUUAAUAAUCAGUUAAUAGCGAAAAAUUAUCCUAGUUUCCCCAUUAGAUUUGAACCAUCAUUACCAGAUUUGAUAUCUGUUUUGAAUGCACAACAAAGAAACCCGAAAAGCUCCAACAACCAAAACCUCAACAAUAGUAACGGAUUAUUAUUGAAUAAAUUAAAUUCAAAUUCUUCACCAAGUUUAUCUAAUUCAAUAUCAGAAGAAUUUAAAACCCGACUGGAAGGCGUACCCUUGAAUCAAUUAUUUAGUAUUAGUUCAUUAGAAGUUUAUUUAAGACAUUUGUCAAACCCAGAUAAUAACAGUAAAAGUACUACUGAGAACGGCUCGUUAUAUUUAAACUUUUUCGAUAAGUUAAUAACAUCAAAUCAAAUAACUCCAUUUGAAACAUUUAAUCAUCCAAUUAGCCAAAUUUUCAUUAUUGAUUAUGAAACUGAUUCAAUUGAAACAUUAAGAAAAUUAAUUGUUGAAUUUAGAAAUUAUAAUUUCCCGAAAUUUUUCCAAAUUGAUGAUUUAUUAAUUCAUGUAUUUAUAAUUUAUGAUUGUGAUAAAUUUGCUAAUGGCGAUAUUAUUAAUUUUCAAAAUGAAAUUAAAAAUAAAUUGAAUGUGAAUACUACAGUUUUCCCAAUGUCAUAUAAUAACAGUGCCACGGAAAACCCACCGGGGGUAGAAACAAAUACUAUAUCUUUAGUAGAAAAUAGCACUAUUGAUGAAGAAUUACAAAGAAUUUCCUUGAAUGAUAUCAACAAUUCAUUUGAAAUACCCAAAAUUGUUGAUUCCACUAUACGGAGUAAAUUAUAUGAAUUUAUUAAUAAAUUUUUAAUACCUCAUAUGCAAUCUAAAGUUAGAUAUUGGGAUGAUCAAAUUUUACAACCUAAAAAAUCCAUAACAGGGAGAUUUUUCCAAGUUUCCAAAAAAUUUUUCAAUAGUAAUAACAAUAGUGAUACUAAUUUAUUAACAAACACUGCUAAAUCAUUCAAAAAUGGUGUUAACCAUAUAAAUUCAAAUUCUAAUUCAAAUUCAACUUUUAAUUAUAAUGAGAAUUAUUAUUAUAAAUCACUGCUGGAGCAAAUACUAAGGAAAUUAGCUGAUUGGUCUUUAAUGUUGAAAGAUUUUAAAUAUGCAUAUUCAACUUAUGAAUUAAUUAAAAAAGAUUAUAGUAAUGAUAGAGCAUGGGUUUAUGUUGCAUCAACUCAAGAAAUGUGUAUUGUUUCUUUAUUAUUAGUACAAACCCAACAACAACCACAACAACAAAAUAUCAAAUCAUCGAUUCCUGAUAAAAAUACUUUAAGAAAAAUUAAACAUGAUAUAAUUGAACCUUAUAUGGAUAAUUUAUGUUAUACUUUUAAAUCAAGAUUAAAUUUGAAAACUUUUAGUUUUAAAACCAUGAUUAUUGUUAUUGAAUUAUUACUUUGUAUGAGUCAAAUGUUUAAUAUUUCUUAUUGGUGGUAUGAUACUAUUGAAAAAUAUCUUAUUAAAUUAAAUAAUGAAUUUGAUCAGCAUUUAUCUAGUGCUAAUAAUGAUAGUACAUUUCUGAUUAUAAAAGCUUUGUUGUAUGAACGAUUAGGUUAUAAUUCAGGUCAUUCAGUUUUUUUACUGUUGGAAAAUUACCAUUUAUUCAGAAAGAAUUUCGAACAAAAUAAACUACAACAACAACCACAAGAAGAGGAAGAAGAAGGAGUGUAUGUGAAUAAUCUUAAAUUAAGCACGCCUACAAAUCGUGGCAUAGUUGGUACCACCAGAUUUAGAAAAUCGGCUUUAUGGUAUUUAUUAUCUAUGAAGCAAUGGCAUUUGCUGAACAAUAAGUUCCAAAUUGAAAGAUUGUUUAAUAAUAUUCAAUUAGUUUAUCCAGAUACUAAUUUCAAUUCUAAUGAAAAAGUAGAUAUUUGGUAUAAUCGAAGUGAUGGAAUUCUAGGAAUACUUGAAAAAUAUAGAGAUACCGACAAAUAA